AUGGCAAUGAGAGUGUGCAACGUGCUAUGUUCACUCGUCAGGUACCAGUGCCAUGAGGCUGGGCCGCCGGACGAGGAUGAGCUGUUUGAGGAGAACAUUAUCGACACGAACGUGAUUUAUCGCGUAGAGAUGGAGGAUGACAACGCGCUGCUGGUGCCCAGCGAAGACUACUGGGGUCAGCUGCCGAAGAUCGAGAUGCUGAAGAAAAACGAGGCGCUGGUGUUUGACUGUGGCAGCGAGGUGUACCUGUAUCAUGGCGUCAGCGUUGUGCCCAGGGUGAGGAAGGCGAGUCUUCGGCUUGUGCAGGAACUGAUUGAUGAGGGAUAUGAUUACUCGUCAUGCAACAUCAACCCGGUGUUUCCCACAGGUACGCUGCGAUGA